GUGACAAAGUCAGGAUUAAACGAAAACCGCAAGACCCUGGACCUCGAUGGAAAGGACCUCACUCUGUGAUCCUGACCAUGUCAAUAGCUGUGAAUGUGGAUGGGAUCUGGACAUGAAUACACCACUCCCAUGUCAAGCCCUCCAGUAGAAGAACAACCCAUCUUAGGAGCAAUGGAAGGCAACCCCUGCCAAACCACGAAAGUUUUGAUGUGGACACUCCUAUGCCUGCUUGCUUACUACUUCCAGCUGCACCAACCACUAACCCCUGCUAUGCCCGGAGUCUAACUUGACAGAUGAUUAGUUCUGCAGUGGGUAUCAGCCUAGUAGUAAAACUGACCAGAGCCAUGCACAAAACUACAUCCCCAGAGAAAGGCUGGUCCCUUCCCCUCCCUGUCAUCUCACCAUGAACAUGGUUCAAGACAGCGCCUUCCUGGCCAAGCUGAUGAAGAGUGCCGACACCUUUGAGCUGAAGUACGACUUUUCGUGUGAGCUGUACCGCUUGUCCACGUACUCAGCUUUUCCCAGGGGAGUUCCUGUCUCAGAAAGGAGUCUGGCUCGUGCUGGCUUUUACUACACUGGUGUCAAUGACAAGGUCAAGUGCUUCUGCUGCGGCCUGAAGCUGGACAACUGGAAACAAGGGGACAGUCCCGUUGAGAAGCACAGAAAGCUGUACCCCAGCUGCAGCUUUGUACAGACUCUGAAUCCAGCCAACAGUCUGGAAGCUAGCCCUCAGCCUUCCCUUUCCUCCACAGUGAUGAGCUCCACACCCCCAUGCUUCGCAGGUUCCGAGAGCACUGGCUAUUUCAGCGGCUCUUACUCAAGCUAUCCCUCAGACCCCGUCAACUUCCAAGCAAAUCAAGAUUGUCCUGCUCUGAGCACAAGUCCCUACCAGUUUGCAAUGAGCACAGAGAAGGCCAGAUUUCUCACCUAUCAAACGUGGCCGUUGUCUUUUCUGUCACCAGCAGAACUGGCCAGAGCCGGCUUCUACUACAUAGGACCUGGAGACAGGGUGGCCUGCUUUGCGUGUGGUGGGAAACUGAGCAACUGGGAACCAAAGGAUGACGCCCUGUCAGAGCAUCGCAGACAUUUUCCCCACUGUCCAUUCUUAAAAGACCUGGGUCAGUCUGCUUCGAGAUACACUGUCUCUAACCUGAGCAUGCAGACACACGCAGCCCGUGUUAGAACAUUCUCUAACUGGCCUUCUAGUGCUCCAGUUCAUCCCCAGGAACUUGCAAGCGCGGGCUUUUAUUAUACAGGACACAGUGAUGACGUCAAGUGCUUUUGCUGUGAUGGUGGGCUGAGGUGCUGGGAGUCUGGAGAUGACCCCUGGGUGGAACAUGCCAAGUGGUUUCCAAGGUGUGAGUACUUGAUCAGAAUCAAAGGCCAAGGGUUUGUCAGCCAAGUCCAAGCCAGUUACCCUCAUCUACUUGAGCAGCUAUUAUCUACAUCAGAGUCCCCGGAAGACGAGAAUGCAGAAGCAGCAAUCGUGCAUUUCGGCGCUGGAGAAGGUUCAGAGGACGCGGUGAUGAUGAGCACGCCUGUGGUUAAAGCAGCCUUGGAAAUGGGCUUCAGUAGGAGUCUGGUGAGACAGACUGUGCAGCGCCAGAUCCUGGCCACUGGUGAGAACUACAGGACGGUCAGUGACCUCGUGAUAGGCUUACUCGACGCGGAAGAUGAGAUGCGAGAGGAGCGGACGACGGAGCAGGCGGUCGAGGAGGAGGAGUCAGAUGAUCUAGCAUUAAUCCGGAAGAACAAAAUGGUGCUCUUUCAACAUUUAACGUGUGUGCCACCGAUGCUGGAUUGCCUCCUAAGUGCAAGGGCCAUCACUGAGCAGGAGUAUGAUGCUGUGAAACAGAAACCACACCCCUUACAAGCAAGAACACUGAUUGAUACUGUGUUAGCAAAAGGAAACACUGCGGCGACCUCAUUCAGAAACUCCCUUCAGGAAACUGACCCUGCAUUAUACAGAGAUAUAUUUGUGAAACAGAACAUUAGGAGUCUUCCCACAGAUGACAAUGCAGUUCUACCGAUGGAAGAACAGUUGCGGAAGCUCCAGGAGGAGAGAACGUGUAAAGUGUGUAUGGACCGAGAGGUGUCCAUCGUGUUCAUUCCCUGCGGCCAUCUGGUCGUGUGCAGAGACUGUGCUCCUGCGCUGAGGAAGUGUCCCAUCUGUCGAGGGACCAUCAAGGGCACAGUGCGCACAUUUCUCUCCUGAGCGGGACUGAUGGUCCACGCUGCAGCCCAGCGGAGGAGCAGAAGUCCAGCACCUCUCCCAGCUCCACUAGGAGUUCGAGGCCAGCCCAGACCACACAAGACACUGCCAAACAAACAAACGUAAAAAUGAAAAACAUGGGAAAAAAGAAAAACUUUUGUCUAAACUCAAGAAUGAAUGAAUUAGUUCUAUAAUAAUUUUAAUUGGCUUCCUUAAAAGUGCUAUUUAUUCCCAACUCAGAAAACUGUUUUCUGUCAACAUAUUUGCAUACUACCUGCAUCACAAGCUUACCCGUUCAUAUAUCCAGAUGCUAUGAGAGAGGGUUUUGUUCUUGUUCCUGAAAAGCAGGGAUUGCCUGCACUCCUGAAAUUCUCAAAGAAGAUUUACAAUGUUGGCAUUUGUGGUUCAGAAAUUAGAAUCUUCUCGAGUUGAUUUAAGAACUGGGAGCACAGAUUUCCAUCUAUGUUAUGCAUAGAAAUUCCUGUUAUUUAUUGGAUGACAUUUUAGGGAUAUAGAAUUUUUAUAAAGAAUUUGUGAGAAAAAAUUAAUAAAGCAACAUAAUUACACUUUUUAAAACAAAAUAAUUCUGAGCAGGUUAAUCACACCAAGGUUCCUUUAAUAUCUUUUUAAGAAUUCUUAAAUGACGGGGCUAAGGACAUGGUAUAAUCAGGAAGGUGUUUGGCAUGAAAGCAUGAGGCUUUGAAUUUGACUCUCCCACAGCCCCAUACAAAGUCAGGAGUUGAAGUGACAUUUGAUUUACAGGAAUCGGUUCAAUGCUUUGGUCUCACUCAGUUAGGGUUUUAUUACUGUGAAGAGACACUAUGACAGGGGCAACUCUUUUUUUUUUUUUUAAGAUUUAUUUAUUGUUAUAUUUAAGUACAAUGAAGCUGUCUUCAGACUCACCCGAAGAGGGAAUCAGAUUUCAUUAUGGAUGGUUGUGAGCCACCAUGUGGCUGCUGGGAUUUGAACUCAGGACCUUUGGAAGAACAGUCAAUGCUCUUAACCGCUGAGCCAUCUCUUCAGUCCUGACAGGGGCAACUCUUAUAAAGAAAAUAUUUAAUUGGGGCUGGCUUACAGUUUCAUAGGUUCAGUCUAUUAUCAUCAUGGCAGGAAGCAUGACACAUUCAGGCAGACAUGAUGUUGGAAAAGGAGCUGAGAGUUCUACAUCUUGAUCAGAAGACUCAAGAUGACUUGUUCUUCUAUGGGGGUGGGGGCGUAGGGGGUGGAGUUUGAGCAUUAGGAGCCCUCAGAGCCUACUCCUGACAGUGAUACAUUUCCUUCAACAAGGCCCACCUCCCAGUGGGCCAAACAUUCAGACAUCUGAGUCUGUGGGGGUCAUUCUAUUCAAACCACUCCAGUUUCCUUCCCUGGAAUGCAUGCAGAGUGAGUAGUAGAUUUAGGCUUGCAUUUGCCACUGUUAUUUCUUGUAAUGUUGUUUCCCUGUCAUCGUGAGUUUGUCACGGAUGGUGGAAGGGGACACAGAAUGCCUUGUUGUCAUACAUAAAGGAAUCAUGAAAUAGAGAA